AUGAACCUCGGUGGCAUUGCGGGGGCAGAUGCGAUUUGCACGGCAGAAGCAGGUCAAGCCGCAAAGGCCUUGUUGGUGGAUAGUUCGGGCUGCGGUGGGGCACCCUGCCGCCGCGCAUCUACACAGGCCUGGCCCCCCACUGAGGGGCGGAUCGACUGGCCGUUGCAACCUCGGACCACCUACUACAACAAGGAUUGGACAGAGGAGGUGGGAUUCACGGUGGGACAUGGUGUCAAUACGCACGAGCCGGAACCUAGCAUAGCCCAAAUGGUGGAGAAUGAGUGGGUGCUGACCACCGAUUGCCACGCAUUGCUGGCAGGGACCUUUCACAACCCAGUGACCAGCACUGGAUGCAGCAAUCAAGUUACGGGCCUGAAGAAAGACUUCCAGACGAAGUCGAGUGCCACUUGUAAAAGUUACACCAGCGCAGAUCCAGCUGAUCAGAUGUCGGUUGGGUGGUCCUGUGCUACGAAUGGCCCGGCAUUGGUGUACAACUGGGUGUAUCCUAAAGGGACUCAGUCCUGCGACAUCAAGAAGCAAUUCGUCUGCGUCACCACUCCGGAACCCACUGCUGCAGCGACAUGUGAUGAGUGGAAAGUUCUGCAGCUGGAGGACUACAAGGCCUUCAUCUCUGGUUCUGGUAAGGCGGUGGUGUACGAGGGCCCCCGCUUGGCCUUGGUCAUUGCAGACACCGCGCGGUCUGCAGAAUUCAAUCCAGAUGUGAAUGAUGCGAAGACUACGGCGGCCAUGAAAGACAUUGUUUCCAACUUGGAGAAGAUGCUCUACAUCUACGACGAUGUGGUUGGAAUGAUUCCCACGUACUACACCUCUCCGGAUGCACGGCUGGAAGGAAGGAUUCCCAACGAGAUCAACUACCUGAACGCUGGGGGCCUGGCUCACGCCACCCGUGCGGGCUGCGCAGCUUGGGUGGCCCAGUGGAAGAUGUUGGACUUUCACCUGCAGGGUCGGCAGGUGGUUGAUCACGUCUUCUUCUACGAGAACUUCAGAAACUACAUGUUCCCGAAUGUCUUCACGAAGGUGUUGGACUACCACACGUCAGUGAGCUAUCAGAGCUCUGGGUGGGUGAAUCAGGGCUUCAUCAACAUCUUCGGGUGUCUCACCUCCGUUGCCAUCACGCCGCCGGUGGAGUUCAACUACUUCGGAAAGGACCGGGAGGAGUUCAUGGCCAUGAUGGAAGAGAACUUGGCGAUCUACGUCAGCAACCCUGAGUACAACCUGGACAACGUUUUCAUGCAGGAGUUCCUUCCCUGGGCCUCCCACAGCAGCCUUGACAAUCUCUAUUCAGGACUCAACUCUUUCCUCUUCCGGAACUGUGGCGGCGUGGAGUGGUUGAAGGGGUUCUUUGGCUCUUUGCGCGGUCUGCUGGUCCGCGCUCCCGAUGGAAAAGGCGACUACGAGACCGCCAUGGAGAACUACUACAUUGCAGCAAGCAUCGGUGCGAAAGCAGACCUCAAGGAUUUCUUUACAGGCGAGUUGAAAUGGCGCCUUCGUCCUGCUGCCUUGGCAGAAGUUCACGCGAAAGGUUUUACAACGACGAUGAGCCUGUCGGCAACCACAACGACUACCACCACGACGGUGCGACUUGUGAAAGAUGCCAAGAAAGCCCAGGAUUUUGCAUCUAGAAAGCUCAGGAAAUAG